AUUAGGGUUUCAUUUCUCUAUUGCAGCAAUUAGCCAGGGAAUGUAUAAAAGGCUUGAGGGAACCAAGCGAGGACUCCAGAGGAAAAGCACUUUGUACCACAGGCAGAUAGCGAGAGGCAGAGAAACGGAAGAGUGGUAGGGAGAGAGGCUGAGCAGAGGCAGCCCAGCCAGCGAGGGAAGAGCAGAAAGUUUGUGUGCAAAGAUUUUCCUCUACAGCCGUCCUUUGACAGAAAAAAAAGUAUUAUUUCACCUGAUAGCUCCGGGCACACAGGGUAUGAAAAGGGAACUCAGAGGAACCCUUUGAAGAAGAGCAAGCAAGAUGGGCUUGUUAAGCAUUGACCUGUUGAUCACACUUCAGAUCCUGCCGGUUUUUUUCUCCAACUGCCUUUUCCUCGCCCUCUAUGACUCGGUGGUCCUCUUGAAGCACAUGGUGCUUCUUCUGAGUUGCUCCAAGGCUGCACGUGGCGAAUGGCGAAGGAUGCUCACAUCAGAGGGCUUACGCUGCGUCUGGAAUAGCUUUCUCCUAGAUGCCUACAAACAGGUGAAAUUGGGUGGAGAAGCUCCUAAUUCCAACGUUAUCCACAUACCUAAUGGUACUGCUGAAAGCAGCAGCAACUGCAGAUGGAAAAGCUCCAUGGGAAAAUAUGGAAGUGAAUGCCAUCUCUUAGACUUUGCCAAAUCAGAGCGCCCACUUGUAAUCAACUUUGGGUCAGCUACCUGACCUCCCUUCACAAACCAGCUGUCUGCCUUUGGCAAGUUGGUGGAAGAGUUCUCUAGUGUGGCUGACUUUCUGUUAGUCUACAUUGAUGAGGCUCACCCAUCAGAUGGCUGGGCUGCUCCUGGUAUCUCAUCUUCAUUUGAAGUCAAGAAACAUAGGAACCAAGAAGACAGAUGUGCUGCUGCUCACCAGCUUCUAAAGAAAUUUUCUUUGCCACCACAGUGCCAGAUAGUGGCUGAUUGCAUGGACAAUAAUGCCAAUGUGGCUUAUGGAGUCUCCUUUGAGCGUGUAUGCAUUAUACAAAGACAAAAAAUUGCUUACCUGGGGGGGAAAGGCCCUUUUUUCUACAAUCUUCAAGAGGUUCGACUUUGGCUGGAGCAAAACUUCAGGAAAAGAUGAAAUCCAAAUUUACCAGAUAAGAAGUCAAGAGGACUGUCCUUUUAAAAUAAUGCAAAAAGAAAACAAGUUGCAUUUUGUUUUGAAUAGGAUUUUUCUGCCUUUGGGGACAAAACAGGCCUAGUAAAAAGUUUAAAUGCACAAAGUGGUUACAAACAACAAUGAAUUCCCAGUAGCUUUCUGAAAAAGGAGCUGAGAUUCCCUCCCCUUUCAUAGAACAAGUCUUCUGAGAUUUUUGUGCCAUGAGAUAGUGGAAGCACACCAAACCAUUAUAUCAAGGUUUAUGAAAAAUGAUAUAUCACAUCCUGAGCUUUAAAAAAUCAUGUCGUCCUUCAGAAAUUGUCCUGUUACAUUCCAUCAUAGCAUGUUCAGAAUCUAAAGCUUGCCAGUUAUCAUGAAAUAAUUAUUUUAGUUUGUUGUAGUGAGGUACCAUUUCGUAGAUAUUCCAGAUUCCAGCAUCCAUAAAUUGGACAGUUAAUUGCCUUCUUAAUUGCUGAAAAUAAGAACUGCUAUUCACUUUGCUAUAAUACUUUUUUGUUUUUGCAAUGUAGUACAGCUUGGAAAUCUUUUACUUUGAUUCUAACUCUUUUAGUGCUUCAAAGACAAAGAAUUCUGUAAGAGCAGGUUAUACACUAACACUGCAUUGCAUGAUUUAGCUGAAAUAUCUCCUAGCAACAGUCAACAUGGAAAUUACUUGGGCUGUUCUGAAUCUUAGUUUAUAUCCCCCAAAGUGAAUUUCUUAAUAAUUUUGAAGUAGUGAAGACUAUUGUGUUUUGAGCCAAUUCAGAGAAUCUAGCUCAAAUGGAUUUCCACCAUGUCUAUAAAAGAAAUAAUUUAUGUUGAAAAACUUGUCUCAAUCAACUGACAGUUUAUUUUGUCUGCCCCAAACCCAAUUCUCUGAAUUUUGUUGUGAAAGAUCAGUAUUAGACUCAUUAUGUUUGAGCCUGGAUAUAUCCAGGACAGUUAUGCAAUCAGGUGUGCAAUUGAUUUCUCAUAUCCAAUUCCUAUAACUGGUUUGUGAAAAGCAUGCUUCAGUAAAUAUCUCUUAUUGCAAAAAAAAAAAAAGAAAGAAAGAAAGAAAGAAAAAGAAAGCUUGUGCUGCCUGCCAGCAUAAACUAAUUUUUGAAAGUAAGCUCUUCAGGUAAAAAAUUAACACUUGAAGUAUUUUCUUUCAACUUAAACUUUAAAGUGCAUCUCAUGGCAACCUCAUUUCCCAUUAUCACAUUAUUUGGGGGGGGGGAACCUGCAAGGAUUUCAGGGGGUGCAUACUACCUGCAAAUCUUCAUCCUUUGCUGAUCCCUCAUGAAGCUUUAAACUGGUGGAUUAUUACACGUGAAAAAGUGGUUGGGAUCUUGGAAGUGGCAUGGGUUGGUAUUUUGUAUUGGAUCACAUAAGGAACAAUCAUGAGAACAUUACCUUGCAUUCUUUCUGCACUGAGGUAAUGUCUGAGCAAUGUAAUGAAAGGUUAUCUCUGUGUUAGAAAAAAAUAUUGUGUGUAUAACAAUCUUUUGGGAAGAUUGAUGAGAGAAUGCCCGGAAUCAUAUCCAAUUAUAGAAACAAACUUCUUUUAUGUUAAGCCUGGAUGCAUGGAUGGAAACUAUCAGGUUUAUUUGCCUUUUUUUUUUUACAAAUUCAACAACAGUGCAAUUAAUAUUAGCUGUUAGUGUAUAAUUUUUCUAAAAAAAUAAUUUAUUGCAUUUGAAAAUGGUGAAAGUGGUGUAUCUUUUUACUUUAUUGGGAUUGAGAAUGUAUUCAUAAAUUAAUGUGGGUUGGCUUGAUGCAAUUUUUGUUGAUGCAUUGUUUGCCCUUCGACCCAAUAACCUGAAAUUAGGUUUUAACCACAUAGAUUUAAUGUGAAACAGAUUUCAGCUUUAGGACUGAUGAACUGCAGAACAGUAGAAAGCCAAAUCCUUUGUCCACCUUCCAUUUAAAAAAAUAAUAAUUUCCCCUUAAAUACUAAUUAAAUACUAAUUUUGGCCUCAUGGCUACUAUCUCUCUUCAUCUGCCUGUCUCUUUACCUAACCCAUUAAAUGGGUGACAAAAAUGGAAGGAGUUUUAAUGAAAUAGUUGGGAUGUUCGAAUUUGGAAGAAGAAGACAAAGUAGAAUGGUUUUGAAAGAAAGGCUGGGUAGUAUUUUCCUGAAAAAUGUUCUGUACAAAAUGCACUGAAAUAAGUACAGUGCGUAGAGUUGCCUUGCUCGCACAAUGAUGCCAUUUGCCCAUUUUUAUUCAAAGUACAUAAAUAUUGUGAAAGAAAAGAGAAGGGGUAAAAGUCAUUUUCUGAGGACAAAAUUCAGAGAAGGGCAAGAAAGCAUUACCAACCAAUUAAAUUCCACAAAGACUUAAAAUUCCUUUAAUUCAUUAGUUCCUUAUGGAACCAUUGUUCUGAUAUUGGUCAAGAAUUUUUCUAAUACUCAACACAUAUUUUAGAUAAUGUUUCUCUCCAAUGAAAGGAUGCAAACUUGAUAGUGGAGUUUGAAUGCUAUUUUUUUCUAUGUCCAUUUUUUUCUUUGCUUCUCUUUUACAGGUAUACAACACUCGGGCACACAAUUAUAGAGAAAGAUGUCAGAGGAGUUGAGAAUGAAUGUACUAAAAAGCUGACAGAUGGAGGGUGAGGAGGUGGCAUAUGUUGUUACAGUUUGAAAAAUUUGAGGAUGGUGAAGGUAUAGAGGCAGACAGUUGCAGGAAAGUAGUAUUUUAAUUUAGGAUGGGAUCAUUGCUAAAAUAUGAAACAAGCAAUCAUUAAUAUAAAUUAAAUGCUCAUCUUUUUAAACAGUAACCUGUUGGCAGGGAUGCAAAACAUAUUUCUUAGCAAAUGAUUUCAGUGACAUUCUUUUAAAAAUGAUCUUCCAGUGAACAGAUUCCUUAAUGUUUCUCUUAAAUUGUUUUUUUCUUUAACUUGUCCUUACUUUGCCAUUAUAGCAUAUAGGUAGUUCUUGAUUUAUGACUGUAAUGGAGCCUGGAAUUUCUGCAAUAUGGCAUGUUGAUUGUAAGUCAAGGUCACCAGAGGACAGGCCCAAUUUUAUGUUUUUGUGGCAGUAAUUAAGUAAAUGUAAUGGGUAUGAAACAAACCCUGAAGCCAUUAAGUGAAUGCUACAAUUAUUAAGUGAAUGCCAUUGUUGUUAGGCAAACCAUUGUCUGCAAUGGACAGUUUUUGCCGGAAACCAGUCGUAACUGCUGAUUUCUGGAAAAAAAAUGUAUAAAUAACAGUUGUGUGAUAGUGAGACAAAUGGUCAUAAUACAGGCAAGUUCCUGAAUGCCCCAAAUACAAUCAUGUAACAGCUGGAGUGGGUGGGUGGGCUGUCAUAAAAACUUCAAACCUAAAUUGCAAGGUCCAGUGUAACUUUUGUUGCUAAUUGACUGGUUGUAAGUCAAGGACUACCCAUAUAAUUUAUCAAUUGAAGACCUUAGUUCUAUUUAUAUUCAUUUAAUAAUUAGGCUGACAGAUUCUAGGUGAAUUACACUUUAGGAUUGUUAUCUAAUCCACUUAAUAUAACAUUCAGCUUCAGGCAGUCUUUUCGACUUAAGAUUGAAUCCCAUUUAAGGCUCAGUCCAGAAGAAUUGUUGUGCUGAUGAAGAGGUUUUCCCCUACUGUAUAUCUAAAAAAAAAAAACCUUUAAACGAGAAUGGCAAUUUAGAGUUUGAACUGAGUUUGUUAAGACAUUCAGGUCCCAUAAGACAUCUGGUUGCUUCUGAAAUCCCAUUCUCUGCAUAUUGACUAUGUUUAUUGAACCCGAAUUUACGCACAUCAAAAUGGCAAGUACCUUCUCAGAUGAAUUGAUACAGUAGUCUGAGAAAACUACAAUUAUUCAUUUGAUUACAUCUAAAUGAACUACAGUAGAUUAUAGAAUGUUGUAUCUUUUUAAGAAAAAGAAGACAUUUAGCGCACAUCUCAUUAUUCCACUGAUUUAUACCAUUAAAACCUUAUGGUUCAUGUAAAUAAUUUUAUGUUCUGAAUAAUUCAAAUUAUUCCAUUGCUUUCCCUCUUUUUUUGAUAAAUGCUUUCUUUUCAAACCUGGUAUGGAAAUGGAAUAAGCAAAACAAAACGGAAGCACUAUUUUGGAUGGAUACAAAAAAACGGUAUAAUUUUUAUGCUCUUCUUUGUAUUCAUUAUUUAUUACAAAGGUUUUUUUUUCUUUUUGAGCAUUGCAAACCUUCAACCUUUUCCCCAUUAACUCUCUUUUAUAUGAGAGUUUUAUAAAAGAGAAAAACCAAAACAUUUUGUUUGAUUGCUGGAGUAUGCCUUAACUCAAAUGGGCUGAAAAUGAGUAAUCUUUAAUACAAUUUAGCAUAUACAAAAAUUUUAUUUGAUGUAUCGAUCAGUACCAUAAUUGUGAAAAAGAUACAGAAUAACAGAUUUGAAAAGGACCUUGGAGGUCUUCUAGUCCAACCCCCUGCUUAGGCAGGAAACCAUAUACCAUUUCAGACAAAUAGUUGUCCAAUCUCUUCUUUAAAAACUUCCAGUGUUGGAGCAUUUACAACUUAUUUGGGGCAAGUCGUUACAUUGAUUGUUCUGAAUGUCAGGAAAUUUCUCCGUAGUUCUAGGUUGCUUCUCUCCUUAAUUAGCAACCUAGAACUAACAUUUUAAAGCUCUGUAUGCUAGCACUUUCUUUUCUUCCUUUGAAAAAGAAAGGAGGGGUGAUCUAGAGGAGAAUAUACUGUAUUUCUAUCCCAUACAAAACUAUUAGUGAAAGAAGUACUGAAGGUUUUAGAUCCAUACUGAAAAGAAGCAGCCCUUGGAUUAUCAUGACUUUAAAAUAAAAUAAACAGCUCUCAAAUUUUAGACAGUUAAACUUUAGUGUAUGUAAUGUUUCUCAAACAAUAUAUGUAUAGGCAGGUGGGCAUAGAAUGGUGUUCCUGCAUUCCAUUUAAUUAUUCAACUGGGUUCAAAGAAUCUCUGAAAAAUCAGUAUGGGGCUUAUCUUCACCUCAACAAAAACAGAUAACUCUUAAGAUUGGAACACUGCUUUCAUUUUGGAAUAAUUCAUUGUUGAAUAUAGUUUGCAGUUUUAUGUUUUGAACUGAGGCAAAAGCUGUAAUUUGAAAAAUGUCAUGCAAAGCUACAAGUUUGCACUCAAGUUGGCAUGGAGCCUGGCCAAUCUUUAAAAGAUCAGUGUAGUCCAAGGAGAUUUAGUUCUUUUUCCCACCCCACGAUGAUAUGUUUUCCUUCUGGCCACAAAAAUGGAGGAAAACAUAUCUUUUUGCAAAAAGGACUGCCUCCAUACUUCCAAAAUGAGUUGCUGCAGGUUGUCAAUCUUUCUUAGGUUCCUCCUGCUAAAAUCAGAAUGUUCACUUGGAAAAUUGCUUUGCAUUUUCCAAUGGAAAAUAUGACUUUUUUGUCAGAUCACUGAUCCAGUUUCAGUCUGCCUCAGUCUCAGUCUCAGGCAUCAAGAUGGGGAUUCCAUCUGGAGGACAUGUCCUCAACAUACAGUUCACAAGCCAUCUCAAUGCUGAGACAGGGAAAGUGCGUAGAUGAGGCCACAGUGUUAUCCAGAACAGUCUGACUUGAAAUAAAGUAUGAUCAGAGCUAGAUCCAAACCAUUCUAAACAAUGGCAGAUCUAGUAUUCAGUCUUAGAUGCCACUUAGGAAGCAAGCUCUGUUUUGUCUUGUAUUUUGAGCUCUGUAAAAAUAUAAUCUGUGAAAAACAGAUUUCAUGCAUCUUAACAUUAGUAUAGCAGUGUACUUUGCUUAUAUUUUACAUUUACAACAAGGCACAUCAGUGAAUCAGAUUCAUACUAUUUUUUAAAAUGAAAUAUACUAUAAAUUUGUGAGAAGGCUUAAGGUGAGAUCACUUAUAUGAAGGGUAUUUCGUAAAGUAUGUUUUUGUGAGCUUAUUUGGUAUUCUGUGUGAUCUUUUGUGUUGGCAGAUGUUGGCUUUAGAUCUUUAAAACCUACAUUCAAUAAUAUAACCAAAGCAAUAAAAGAUGUAUCAGGUAGGGAAUACUGGCCAGUCAUAUUCAUUUCUUUACCAUAAUCAACUCAGAACCCAUAUUGACCAAACUUUAGCUGUACCCAAGACUGGUUUGCAAAGAUGAGAAGUUUGGAUGAAACAGAGAUGCUGGUGUUUUCAUGAAGACCACUAACAAAAGAGUACCACACUCAGUUGGUGAUCAGAUGCUUUCUAUACUGGCAUUUCUUUUUUCUUCUUAUAUUUUUGGGUUUAGAAAUGUGGAUGUGUUUGAAAUCCAUUUGAUAUGAGUCCUGGGUCAAUAUGGUGGUGAACAUUUGUUUAUGAGUAUGCUUGUUUUAUUCUUAAAUGUCAUAAAUAC